GCAUGCGCGGAGGCGGCUAGGCGGGAACGAAACACGAUCCCAAGUGCUUCAGUCGCCAGCCGCUUGCCCGCGCGGCGAACGUGAGAAUCACGUAGUCGACGUUUGGCUUCCUUCUUUUUCGGUCGCUUCUUCAUUUCAUUUUUAUUUUUGUUCCUCUUCGUACAUCAUCGUCAACUCGCAGACAGCAGGACAGCAGGGCAGAUGGGGCUGCUGCAGAGCCUGCUGUGGCCGGGGCAAGACGACCCCUGCCCCGCCACGGGGCUCACCCCCAGGGACAAGGCGGCCGUCAGGGCCACCUGGCAGCUCGUCCGCAAGGACAUCACCCUCAACGGCGAGGCGCUGCUCGUCAUGUUCUUCGAGACGCACCCGGAGCACCAGAAGCUGUUCGCGGCGUUCGCCGGCUCGGCGCCCGCCGACCUGCGCGGCGACAAGCGACUGCGCGCGCACGCCAACAGCGUCAUGUACGCAGUGACCAGCGUCGUCGACAACCUGGACGAGCCGGACGUCUUGGUCGAGAUGCUAAAGAAGCUGGGCGCCAGCCACCGCCGGCACCACGUGCCCCAGCAGGGCUUCGUGGACCUGAAAGGGGUGAUCCUGAGACUGCUGUCGGAGAAGCUGGGGGGGAAGUUCACCCCCGCGGCGAGGCAGGGGUGGGGCAAGGCGCUGGACGUGGUCAACGCCGUCGUCUUCCAGGGCAUGGAGGGGCAGGAGGAGGGGGAGGAGGCGUCGCGAUCGCCGUGAGGACUCUUCUCCGUCGGUCGACGUCGCCGCGACCAGAAGAAUCCACUGGGAGUCUGCGCGGGUUCAACCCGGAGGGAAGAACACAAACCGUGUCGCCUUACCGCCUGAUUUAACAUUUCAGUUUGUUUGACAGGAGGGUACCAAAAAAAAAAAAAGAAGCUUAUUUUCAAGCGUGUAUUUAACGUAAUGCUAUUUUUUUUUAAAAAAUAACAUUUUGUAAUACUUUUCGUCAAUAUCCGCCAUGUUCGCCCUCGGCCGGCGCUGCAGUGCAUUCGAAAACACGCUUCUCAUUCCAAGUGUGCCCAACUACAGCAUCUCUUGCAUCUAUGGAGAGACGUAGUACCCGCAAGCACCCAUAGAUGGCAGUUACCAACGUCGUGCAUUGAUUCUGCGACAUCAUCGGGUGUUGUUUGGGAUGGGAACUGUAGUUACCAUGUUUAUAUUGUGUUAUGUGUAUUACAAUAAGAUAUUAUGCCUAAAUAGAGACUGGGGCACACCUUCUCUACCCCUCCCCUCUUUUUAAGCCCUAGCAGUCUACCUAAUUAAGGUGACUAGUUCAUCGUCACUAGCAAAGACCUAAGACAAGUGUUCUUUUUUUAUAUAAAGCAAGAGUAACCAAAAUACACUCCUCCUAUUACCUCAACUCGAAGCAUACUGCAGUAAGCAAGUGUGCUUAUCGUACAUGGGCGGUUCCGUUUACUGUGCGAUUGACCUGCUGUCUGUAGAAUGUUUGUCGUAAAAAAAAAAAUUGUAUCGGUGGUUGCGAAACGUCCCAUAAGAUGUGUUGGAACAAAAAAAAAACAGUUCACGCGGUAUUGUUUGCGAAACGACGAAAUUGUCUAAGGCUGCUAAUGUUUCUGAACUGUCAGGCCAAAUAAAUUAUUUUUCAAAUCCAGCUCACCUUCCCAUCUUCCGACCGCCAGAAGACACACGCCCGUCUGCCUGCAGCGUUUGUGGUUUGCAGGUGGAUGGGUGUCCCUAAAAAGAAAAAAAAAAGGAAUUACGUGGUUUUGCGAAAUGAUUUCAGAAUUUUUUAAAAAAAGUUUUAUUUAAAUAAAAUCGUAACUUUAUAUUUACAGCGUUUGUUUUCCAGCAAACAAAAAGCAGUUGGUGGUCGGCGAAUUGUUAAGUAAGAGGCGGCAACCGUAAUCAGGCCAGUCUUGGAAGUUCUCGUCACCCAUGAAAGGUCACACCGAUACACACAUAAAAGUUCAAGAGUGAUCUGAACUCCCAUCUUGAUUGAGAAAAACACUGUGUUUGUGUUUCUUGAAAAUCCCUUGAACACUCCUGCAGAUAUGGUGACAUUAUUAUAUCACGUAUCCAAUUUUAUCACUUCAUCCUGAUGGCAUGAUCCUGCGUGUAUUUAGAUCAUGUGGUACGCUGGUUUUGAUUUAGUACAAGAAGAUGCAAAAUAUCUAACUUCAAAAAUUAAAUAAAUUAAUGGUUUGUUUGCUUGAUAAUAGCGUAUGCAUAACUUCUCACAAUCAGUAUAACUAAGUUAGUGAUAUAUAAUGGAAGCUACUAUAUGUCGGAUAGGCUCAAAACUACUUCAAAUAACUACGUUUCUGUCUCGGCAAUAGAGUUUCUUCACCAUGAUCAUGCUGCAAUACAUAACAAACAAUAACAAAAAGAAGAACAUCCUUGACUACAAACCAUUUUUUGAACAAUAGUUUGUGAAGAUUCGUUACAAAUUUUUUAUAACUAUAGCUCCUUGCUCUUUGUAUUUUUUUUUUAAAUUUUCACUUUGGAAGUUGCCCAUGUGGAUAACGUUAUUGUUUUCAAUUAUAGGUUAAUUUUAUUAUUACAACAAUGCCAAUGAAUGAAACAUCAAUUUAAAUAUAAAAUUAUGCGUCCAUUGUCGUAAGAAAUGCCUAGUAUAAUCUCGAAAAGCAUAUCUCAUACACGCAAAAGUAACCAUAGCAAUGUGUUGUACAAAGUUACGGUAUCUUUUUUUGUAGCGUUUCAAAUUAUUUCUUGGCUACUGGUUUCCGAAGUAAUGUUUUGUAAAAGUUGGCUUAAAUGGAACACAAACAACACAAUGUGUGAAUGUUGUUAUACCGCCGGUUCGGAAUGUGAUGAUGAACUAUUAUAUUAUAUUAUAUUAUGAAGUUAAUGCGUGACGCAUAUAUUUCUUUAUAUGUAUAUUAUAUAUUUUCAAAAUUGUGCGCAUUGUUGAAAAACAACUGCAGCGAACGAUGUAGCCAUAUUAUACUUUUCUCUUGGUUGCAGGUUUUUCCCUAUUGAUGUUUGUAGGCCUACUGUGGGAGCAGGAAAUAUACAUAAUACGUAUACGUAUAAAUUGAACUAACUCAGUCUUUGUAAGCUUUCUGUCAAUCUAGUAAUAUGUUAAAAUUAUAAAUAUUCAUUAUUAUUGCAUUGAAAGGUCGGCACAUCUUAUCACAGCCAAUUCAGUGACGGAAGAAAACACAUCCUGAAAUAAUAAUUGCAGAAUGUUGUAGUCAAAUGAGCAUUCAGGUUUUUUUUGUAUCGAUAAAUACCAGGCCUUUACUAUGUGUGACAUAUAUGUGGAUGGACUAGUCAUAAAAAUAUUUAUAGUUUGUAUUUUUUAUAAUAAUAAAUUUUUUUGGACUGUG